AUGGCAGUGAGCCUCCUGGCCAAUGACGUGUCGGACCUCUGCAUCGGCAAGCCGGCCGUGAGGUCGCUCCCGCUCUCCGCGGCCGCCGGCGACCUCGCCGCCACGGUCCGCAAGGGGCCCCGCGCCGCCGCCGCCGCCUGCAUAGCCGUCGGCCCGGCGCGCGGCGCCGUGGUGGGACGCGCCGGCCUCGCCGACGUCCUCUGCCUCCUCUGCUCCUCCCCCGACGCGCUCGCGCGCCCCACCGCCGCGCUCGACCGGCCCGUCUCCGCGCUCCUGCCCAAGGACGGCGCCGGCGAGGUCCGCCGCGUAGAUCCCCGUUCCAGUGUCUUGGAAGCUCUUGAUGAGAUCUUGAGCGGCGCGCAGGUUCUCGCCGUCCCGCUCCGCUCGGGCGGCCGCAAGAAGCAGCUGGGCGGUGUCGCUGGCGUGACCGGCGACUUCUGCUGGCUCACGCAGGAGGACCUCGUCCGCUACUUCCUCAACUCCAUUUCCCUCUUCUACCAUGUCGCCGCCCGCUCCGUCUCCUCCCUUGGCCUCGUGCGCCCCGACUUCCUGUCGGUGCGGCCCGACGAGGCAGCCCUGUCCGCCGUCCCCCUCAUCCGCCGGGCCAUCGCCGCGGAGACCGCGGUCGCCGUGGUCAGCGCCGACGGCCACCUCGUCGGCGAGAUCUCCACCGCGCACCUCGCUGCCUGCGACGAGACGGCAGCCGCGGCCAUCGCCACGCUCUCGGCGGCCGACCUCAUGGCAUACAUCGACUACUUCGGCUCGCCGCCGGAGCACAUCCUGUGUGCCAUCAAGACCGGGCUCAAGGCCAAGGGCCUUGACGCCAUGCUUGAGCUGAUGGAGGACGAGACGAUGACAUCGUUCUCCCUCUCUUCCUCGUCGUCAGACGACGACACCGGCCGGCCGCACCUGAGGCGCCCGUCGUCGGGGAGCUUUGGGCGCCGGUCGACCGAGGAGCCUGUGGUGUGCAGCCCCGCGAGCUCGCUGGUGGCCGUCAUGGUGCAGGCCCUCGCCCACCGCGUGAGCUAUCUGUGGGUUCUCGACGAGGAGGAUGACUGCCGUCUCGCCGGGAUCGUCACGUUCGCCGACAUACUGAGGGUGUUCCGUGAACAGCUGCAGUGA